GACGCAGGGCAGCUUCAAGCACAACACACACACAAGCGAAGGUAUUCAAAAGAGAGCCGUGGUUCACACAAGUAAAAGCAAAUCACGUAUACACUUCAAAUAUGCCAAGUGCUGAAACAGAAAAUUCCAUACCAGUGGUCGAGACAAUGCCAACGGUCGAGAGCACCCCAAUAACGUGUUAUCGUGAUCUACAAUCAACUGUCGCUUACACUUGGCCAUAUUCCGAAGGUAACAUUCACUAUCGACUACAACCGUUGACAAUAAAUCCAACGUUACUACAUUUGGCGCAGAGAGAGGCGUUCACUCGCGCUCUACUAAGCAUGUACGACCAACGAACGUUCCUUGAAAGCUACAAAACGACUGGCUAUCCCACAUCUAGUCACCGUGACGAAGAAAAGCCAAAACAAUCGUACGUACGUCUCAUAGGUGAAGCGAUACUAAACUCGCCCGAGAAGAAACUAGUCUUAAGCGAAAUCUAUAAAACCAUUCAGACCAAGUAUCCAUACUUUAAAAAUCGUGGCAGCGGGUGGAAGAACAGCAUUAGACAUAACCUCAGCUUGAACGAUUGUUUCGUCAAGUUAGGAAGAAGUCCCAACGGUAAGGGUCAUUUUUGGACACUAAGUCCACAACAUUAUGAAGAAUUCCUUCGCGGUUCAUCACAUCAAAGAAAGUUCCAAAAAAAGCCAGCACCAAAAUAUUGUUAUUAUCCAAGUGAAAUACUCCAGUUUGGCAACUACACGGUGAUCGAGAGUUCCCAAAAUGAAAGAUUGACAAACGCGGCGUCAAUUUCUCCGUGGCCAGCGAACAGAUCAGAAAGAAAUGUCGCAUCGCCAGGCUCAGCAACUCAUGUUUAUAACUCAAAGUCCUUUGACAGGAAUGAGAACGCAAGUAGCUCUCGCGUCACCUCGCCUGUUGGCGAAGGAAGAACUGUUAUUCACAUCCCUGGUGAUAAAAUCGAAGUUAAAGAAGAGGUGAUCGUGUGUAGCGAAGAUGAAGGUGAAAAAUCACUUCACAGACCAUUUGAUGUCGAAAAUUUACUUUCUAACGGAUCUACACGACCUGCAAGCUACUGAAGACUUACUAAAGUAUUGUAAAUACGAACAUUGAAGAAAACUUAGCUACACAAUAUGGGAAAUGACGAAUUAACACAAUGCUUCAAAAAAGAAAACUUUUGACAUACUUUCUAUUGUAUAAAAACUUUGUCAACUUUGUCAAAUUUACUUCACCAGAUUUUAAUGUAUUGAUGUAUAAAGACGUUUGAACUUAAUAUAAGCGCUGAAUAAAAUGUAACCAACUAGA